AUGCAAUCGCGCUACCCAGACAUCCUCCAAGGGCGGAAAUUUGUACGCCUACAGGGACUAUUUGAGCUAGAGCUUAGUCAUGCUCAAAUUCUUAUGCCAGCGCUUCGCGAUUUCAUUGGGCUUGCCCUUGAUUGGCUACUCCUAGUUGGGCAGCAUCAAAUCCAUGACGAGAGCCGUGUCACAUGCCAGAUUUUAGACUCGUUUAGUCAUGAUCAUCGCGUGAUUCGUCCAAUCAGGCCCCUCCAAGAGCUCCCUACCCUUAAAAAAUACAGUCGGGUGUUUAGGGCAUUUGUCAUCUUCGCAUUGAUGAGCCUACCAUACCAGGAUGGGACGAAACGAUCUAGGCAUCGACAUGACCUCUAUGAUCCCACUCCUUAUCACGAGAGCCUAUCUAGGCUUCAGGCCUUCCUCCAAACAGUGACUACAAAGGCAGCUAGUCAUCAUGACGUACCUAGCCAGGAUAGGCCUGAUUGGGACGAUGGGCUAGUCGUUGAUGAAGACGAUGAGUUUAUGCAUACAGCUGAAUGGGAGAGCGACUAUGAUUCUGACGAAUCAGCCGAAUCAGUGGAAUCUGAUCAAUCAACUACAUUAGAGGAUUCUAGUGAUUCUACUAAUUCUAGUGGUUCUACCAACGAUAGGCGCCAGGGCCAGGGCCAGGGUCAGCGUCGCAUAUACGGACGGCCAGAUGUCCACUACAGCGCCAAAAACCCUCAUACAUUGAUCAACACAUCGAGAUUUGACCUAGAGACUAUCAAGCAUGGUGCGAAGGCUCUCCUCGACGUCAUGAUGACAUCGAUCAAGGUUAAAUGCCCUACCAAUCGGAAAACGCUACUCUAUUCGUUCCUUGCAUGCUAUGCCAUUGAUUACAAAGCGCAAGCGCUUAAGCCUAUCAACGUCAUUAGCCAGGUUUAUAGCUUCCAAUUCAUCACCCUGAUUGAUCAGCGAUGGAAAUAUCUAGACCUGCUUGAAGAGAGCCCGUCUAACGCUAUAUACCCCCCAUUCUCUGAAAUGCUUGAUGAUUUUAUGCAUAAGUGGUUUCAUAAUCAAUGCAAUACCCCGCUUGGUGAAAUCCUUAGCCUACGAUCCCUAGCAUUGACGUUGAACCAACUAGGGACGAACCUAGGCCAUGAGGUCCAGGAUCUGUCUACAUACGAUGAUUCUGGCCAUCCUACGCAUGCAGAGUUUGCUUUCAAAUCGACUACCCUUAGUCAGCCAACACUAGGGCAGUUCCUCCAGCGCAUGAUCAUUGAUAUCGCGCAAACGUUAGCGAAUGACCUCACUCUCUCCUAUCACCUCUUUAGGGAGCUCUCUAGUGAGAUUACCCUAGAACAGUAUAGUUCUAGGGAGGAUUUCACUAAUACUGCGCAUGGGUUCUGGUUUGGAGAGCGCCCUAGCGCCUACUCCAUUAAUGAAAAUCCUUUGAUCAAUUUCAUCAAACUACGCCAGCUGCCUACCUGGUUCAUUCAGUCAGGUGACCAUAUCGCUAUCAACCGUGCACAGGCAGGCAAAUACCUUGAGAGCAUUGACAAAUUCCUCCAACGAUUGCUGGUCGUCAUCCAUAUGACUAGUGGUGCACCAGCUCGAGGCACAGAAAUUCUCCAGCUCCAGUUCAUUAAUACGCCUAAUGCGAAGCGCACACUGUUCCUAGACCCACAGACCCAUCUAUUUCAGAUUCGAUUACGGUAUUCCAAAACGUUCUCAACGACUAAUAUAGAGAAGGAAGCUGUUCGUACACUACCAGCUAGUGUAUCAUACAUCUUACUCUUCUAUUUAGUCGUCAUUGAACCAUUCCGGGAUUUCCUAAAUCGGUCCCUUCGGCGCCUAUCUCGGCGAGCGAUGCUGACUAGUCUACAAGACGGUCUAAUGACGUCACGCCAGCUCACCUCCCGUCUACGCUAUGAGUCAGAGGUUUUGAUCCAACAAAGCCUAGGCCUAGCCGCAUGGCGUCAUCUAUCGCAGGGCUUUAUUAGGUAUUCUCUCAAAGAGGAAAUCCUUGAUAGCCCUGAAAUUUUCAAUACAGACGAUAGCACUAUAGAGGCACUCGCAGCGAAGCAGAUGCACCACUCGCCUAAUACAGGCCUACAGGUCUAUGCGCGCCACAUCGCCCAAUUCCCUAAAUUGAGAGGGAACCAACAGACUAUGUUUGUUGAAUUUAGUCAGCGCUGGCAUACGUUCCUAGGCCUAGGCAAGGAUUUCGAUGCGUUCUCUGGAACCUACCCAACGAUCACUCUGCCUACUAGGCUAGGCCCUAUCAAACCUAGUCCACAGGUCAUUGGGCCCACGCCUACUACAAGAGCUGUCCGAUUUUCCUUCGCUAGCGCUAGGGCGCCUACUAGUCAACUAUCUAUUGGGCAGCUCACUAGUUACCUAGCGCUAGGGAGCCAGGAUUUGACUACUCAGGGACAGCAGAGCCAGGUCUAUUCCGCCCAGGAUCUAGACCAAGCGCAGCUCAUUCGCUCAUUUUCUAGGCAUAGACUACCUAGCGAGCCACCUAGAGCUAGCGAUCUACUGCUUCAGAUCCUUCAGGAAUUCCUAGGCGAUGCUACCGCCGAUUUCAAGACGCCUGGCCAGCGGCAGGCUCUCUAUGCCAUGCUGACCAAUCAACAUCGUCAGUUAGCGCUAGUCCUUCCAACAGGCGGUGGGAAAUCAACACUCUUCCUACUAGCUGCCAGCCUCGCUACAAGUAGGACUACUAUUUUGGUUGUUCCUCUUGUUUCUCUACGUCAAGAUUUUAUACAGAAGGCAAUCAAGCUAGGGCUCCCCUUUGAGAUUUGGGAUGAUCUAAGCAUGGUUGACAGAGCGUCGCUAAUCAAGACAUUACGCUAUAGCCAGGAUCAGGGCCAGAAUCUAGGCCAGCGUCAGAUUUCUACUUUCCCUAGAUUGGUCAUUACAUCUGUCGAAGCUGCCACUAGUCAGGAUUUCUAUGAUUCCUUUAGUCAGGUACCCUACCAGAUUGAUCGGAUUAUCAUUGAUGAAGCCCAUCUCAUUCACCUAGCUACUAGCUAUCGGAUGGUGAUGCACCAGCUAAAACACCUACCUAGCCUAGGGGUCCCUCUAGUGCUAGCAUCGGCUACAGUGACACUGUCUACCCUAGCGGGUAUUGAGCAGAACCUUCUGAUCCAACGAACGCACGUCAUCCGGGAGCCUAUACGGAAUCCUAGGAUCUACUAUGGCGUAGAGAGGAUUACACCGUCAUGUGACAAUCAUUACGCCUAUACCAUGGAUUACAUACGGACCCGUCAGCAGUCCUUUCCACUACAGCGGGUAAUUGUGUAUUGUAUGACGAAGGCUGACGUCCAGGCAUUUAGAUCCCAAUUUCGGAAGCAGGUUUCGAUCUACACUAGUGAUCUAGACGAGUCUUUACGGACGAAAGAGCUCGACGACUUCACUAGUGGUAGGAAAUCUAUCCUAGUUGGGACUAGUGCCAUUGGUGCAGGCUAUGACUUUGUGGAUAUCUCAUUAGUCAUCUUCCUAUAUGGCGCUUGGUCAUUUAAUGAUUUCAUUCAGGGCUCUGGGCGCAUGGCACGAAGCCCUAGCUCGUCAGGUGAUUGUAUAACCCUAGUCCGGCCUACAGGGUUCAAUCCAUCAAUCAACCAUGCCUACCUUCGUACGGAUACCAUUGACGUACAGGCUAUGAAAGAUUUCAUUAAUACCAAUGGCUGCCGUCGUCAGAUCAUCAACCAGGUCUAUGAUAAUGUCAUGAUGACGUGUCAGCCUAGUGACGUCCAAUGCGACUACUGCCGUCAGGCGCGAUUUGAUGGCCAAGCGCGGUCUAGUAUGGUGUGGAGCACAAUCAAGAGCAAUGAGUCGCUCCUACGGGAAGGACUUAGUCAUCUAUCUAAUAGGAACGCCAAGAACAGACGGGCUUUAGGGAACAUUCUACCCCUGAAUGCCUAG